AUCCAAUCUCUAAUCUCAUGCUUAAGCUAAUUGAGAUGAUUACUUUUGCGAGAAAACAAGUGGUUAUAUGUCUCCUGAAUAUGCCAUGGACGGGGUUUACUCCGAGAAGUCUGAUGUAUUUAGCUUCGGAAUCAUGAUUCUUGAGAUCAUGAGUGGAAAGAAGAACACUUCUUUCUACGAUUCGGAUCGUCACCUGAACUUAAUAGGACAUGUCUGGGAUCUAUGGACAGAAGGAAGAAUUUCAGAAAUCACAGAUUCUUGUUUGGAUGAAACGGUCUCAACAAGUGACGCACUAAAAUAUGUGCACGUUGGUUUAUUGUGUGUGCAAGAAAAGGCUGCAGAUAGACCAACAAUGUCGGAUGUGGUAUCUAUGCUCCUCAAGGAAUCAAUGGUUCUCGCCACUCCUAAGCGACCGGCUUUUGCUGAAAUUAUGACUCUUAACAAUACCAAGUUACCUCAAAAUCCAGAAUUUUGUUCUUUGAACGAGGUCACAAUUUCAGAUGUGCAGGGUAGAUGAUUAUUUCUUGGCCAGGCGUGUAUUUUCUUGCAGGGUAGAGAAAGGUGGGAAGCCGGCCGUAUCCUCAAGUUAGGGGUGGCCACUGGAGAUAAUCAGUCUCAAUUCUUUUGUGGAUUCAUUUUGGAUUUGAAUUUGAUG